UUAAACCAUUUUUUAAAUUUCAAUAAAUUUUUAGUGUUAAUUAUCAAUCUACAAUCUGUAAUAAAGGAUUGUAACUACUAUUUUUUAAUAAAGUGCUACUACUGUAUCUCUUACUUGUUGAAACUCUUUACAUAACAAUUCGAUAGAUUCCAUCGACUAAGUUUCUUAAGCGGACAAAUAAAUCUAAUUAUGAAGUCAGUCGAAAGGAGAGAGUCGAGUGCAAGUCGAUCAAGACACGCAUUUCUUUGCAACACCCUGUAUAGGUGGCGUCGUUUUGCGACACAGUGGAGUCACUCUUAGCUAUAUAAGGUGCCUGACGUGAUAGCUAUCGUUGUUUGAUAACACGACAGAUCAGACGUCGAUAAACGCUCGUGUUUAUAUCACGUUCAGUUCCUUUUGUUAACUUUUUGCAUCAGUUUCGAGCAGAUCGAAUGAAAAUACUCAGAUUCGCACGGUGCGAGGAAAAUGGAUGACGAGAAUGCAGGCUGCGCGUACGACGGCGAGGAGGAUGCACAACUGUCACUACUGGAUCUCCCGGUCGAGAUAUUCCUGCAUAUAUGCUCCUUCUUAGAGGCGUCGACGUUAGUACACAAUUUGAGCCUAGUGUGCAAACAAUUCUACCUGAUUUUAAAGGAUGACUCAUUGUGGAAAACCCGCAUUAACCAUAUAUGGCCGGAUGCUAGCUAUCCGAUCUUGCGUCCCGCGAAACCCGACAAGUUGUUUUGGAAAUUGUCAUGCGUUGCGAUCGAGAAACAAACAGCGUUGUGGAAACAGCAGGAUUCCAUGGAGAAAUUUAUCAUCGCGAACGCACAGUACAGCACGAUAGACGCUUUGCUACUGAUGCACGGUGGAACCACUUGUAUAGCUGGUGCGAGAGAUCGCACCCUGGUUUAUUGGAAACUGCCCUCUCACGAGAAACUGCCCUCUCACGAAAUCGGAAACUCUGUCUGCAUAGAUUCCGCGCAUAACGGAUGGAUCUGGGACUUGACGGCGAUAGACAACACGAUCUACAGUUGCAGUUGGGAUCAAAGCGUCAAAUCGUGGAUGCUCAUCAACACCGGUCUCGUCCAGCAGAGAACUUACGAAAUGAGUGUGCCGGGUGCGUUGCUGUGCGUGUCAUCGUGUCCGGAGCGGGCUCUCUUUGCGACCGGCUCGUACAGCAGGACCAUAUUCGUGUUCGACUCGAGAUCGGGACAGAAGCCGAUCAGGCAGUAUCGGCCGCACACCGGAGCUGUGAUUAAGCUGGGCAUGAACUCGGAAUACAUUCUGUCCGCCAGUGAGGACAAGACGAUAUCCGUUUGGGAUCAAAGAGCCGGGCGGACCAUGAAAUCAGUCACAAUUUCAGACGACGCGUUUCCCAUGUGCAUGAGUAUGCAACGAGACUGGGUUUGCGUAGGCGAUAGUACCGCGAGGUUGCACGUGCUGAACCCGAAGAACGACUUCGAACUGGUGAAAUCUUACUCCACUGAGCAUACGAAAGGGAUAACGGGGGUGCAUCUGACGCAUGGAUGUCUGAUAACGAGUUCUACGGAUGGCACCGUCAGAAUUUCGAGUCCUACGGAUCCGCCAAAGCCCAUCGUUACUUUGCUAUCAGGAUUCGGAGAGAUCGCUAGUAUGGAUUAUUUAAACGGCAUUCUCGCGAUAUCCGGCAUCGAUAUCGCAGUGUGGCGCCCGAAAUCAACGUGUUCAACGAAACAUCAAUGAAGAGAGAUUUCUAUACAUGUUCUAUAGCUAUUCUAUAGCUAUAUUGCUAUGUAAUAUAUAUUCUUAGUUUUUACUGAAAAAUUAUUCUAAUGCCUCUCUAAUAUAUUAUGUAAUAUAUUAUAACGUUGUAAAUAUAUAACCGUGAAAUUAAUAUAUCGAUUCGUUGAAAGUUUGCUUUAAUUGUUAAAGCUUUGCUAAUAUUGUUUAUACUUAGUAAGCUUACCGACAAUUGCAAGUUGAGCUUGCAUUUAGUAUAUAAUCUAUGACGAAAUCUGAACUUUUGUGAGAAGAGAGUAAGGAAAAACAUUUUUAUGUGUAGUUAAGUUUCUAAAAGCAUUUAAAUAUAUUUUAUAUAUUACAUUAUUGUAUAUUAUAUUGUCGUGUCACUUUGCAAAUUUCGUGGCAAGGUGUUUCAUAUUUUAAUGUAAUUUAUUUCCUCCGCGCGAAGCUGCGUUUGUAUCUUAGCUCGAAAAAUGAUGAUGACAUUUCUUUUGGAUUCUUCGAAUACCAGAUCGCCUGUUUAUAACAUUUAUAAACAAAAAUACAAGUUGUGUGUUGAAAUAA